AGUUCUUUAGUUUUGGACACUUGAAUUGAGUCGAGAGCGGCAUGCAGUGUGGUUUUACAAUUUUAUGAGAAAAAUUAGACAAAAAAAGAAAUCGACAAAAAAUGGCGAAUAUUAAUAACUUAAGCCUGAGUCCGGACGGAUACUGUGUGUUUUGUUCAACGAAAACAAAUCUCGUUUGCCAUCGCUGUGGCGACUUCUAUUGCACAAAAAUAUGCCAGCUGAAGGAUUGGCCUAGUCAUCGGUAUAUAUGCUUCUCAAUUCCAGCCUUGGUGCGUCCCAAGGGGUGCUCUGUCUUUUCCAAUAUCAAUUCCACAUAUGCGCUAAUUUCCUCUGACGCAGCUGCCCCAAGCAGCCUCGCUGCAGCAAAUGCGCAGUCAGCUCAAAAAUCGAAUAUUGAACUUGCCACAAACGGAACUGUGUCAGAAUGCGAUAAGAGCAAAAUCAACAGAAAUACAGUGAUGAAUAAUACGUCUGCCACUCAGCCACCAAUACCAAUUGGUGAUAAUAAGAAUAACAACAACAGCAGCUCAAAUAACAUUACUUCAAAGGAAAUUCCAUUCAAACCCACUUAUGCCCAUGUGGCCAUGCCUCUAAAUAAUAGCAUUGUUUAUGUCACUGGAUUUCGAUGGCCGAAUCGCUGUUUUAUACGCGACGCCAGCGAAACUGCUGAGAAAGCUCAUUUGGAAAUUUGUCAGAAGGUGAAUUUAUUAGGCAAGAAUCAGCCAAAAUUGAAGAAAUUAAUCCCUGGUGGCCUCGCGCUGGCCAAAUACAAUGGGCUCUUCCAGCGCGUUAAAAUUGUGGGUAAACCUUAUUCAACUAGUCGACUUCACUUCAUCGAUCUAGGCAUGAUGAAUGCUUCAAAUAUAGCUGAAAUGCGCGAGAUUAGUAGCGAACUCUUGGAGCUGCCUUGCCACAACUUGGAGGUGCAGAUAAAGGAUGUGUCCAACAAUAAACUUACCGAACACAUCAACAAUUUUCUCAAGCAUUUCGAUGGUAAAAAAUUUAUACUAACCAAUAUCAAUGGCUGGAAUGUUGAACUGCUGCAUGUAGAGACGCAUAAAUCGAUGAAUGAACAAAUACGCGAUUUCUGUUCGAAUGCACAGGCUUAUAGUACACAUUCUACGAAACCCACACAGCAUACCAAGAACAAUCCUGAUCCCAAAAGGGCUGCUGAUGUAACAGAAAUAUCCGUUGAUCCGUACCUAAAUUCGGCUGAACACAAACCUGAAAUGAUAAUGGAUCGCACUACUGUUGCCAACCAUGCGCAGAUUGCCAAAACAGAAAGGAUGUCAGAAGUUAUUGAAAUCAAAUUGGAUAAAGAAUCAAUAAGAUCUGAAACGAAGCCCAAAGCGAGUGUGCCAUUUAAUAAUUCGAAUAAAAUCAAAUCAGAAAUAGCAAACUUGCAACUUAUGUUGAAAAAGGCCAAACACGAGCAGAUUGCCAAAACCGAAAAUAUCUCAAAUGCCAAUGAAAUCAAAUUGGAUAAAGAAUCAAGAAGCUCAGAAAUAACCAAUUUGCAACUUAUGUUGAAAAAGGAUCAAACUACUGUGGCCAGCAACGAGCAGACUUCUAAAACACAAAAUAUCGCAGAUGCCAAUAAAAUCAAAUUAGAUAAAGAAUCAAUAAGCUCUGAAAUAACCAAUUUGCAAAAGGAUCAAACUACUGUGGCCAGCAACGAGCAGACUUCUAAAACAGAAAAUAUCGCAGAUGCCAAUGAAAUCAAAUUGGAUAAACAAUUAAUAAGCUCUGAAACGAAGCCCAAAGCGAGUGUGCCGUUUAAUAAUUCGAUUAAAAGCAAAUCAGAAAUAGAAAAUUUGCAACUUCUGUUAACAAAGGCCAAACACGAGCAGAUUGCCAAAACAGAAAAUAUCUCAAAUGCCAAUGAAAUCAAAUUGGAUAAAGAAUCAAGAAGCUCAGAAAUAACCAAUUUGCAACUUAUGUUGAAAAAUGAUCAAACUACUGUGGCCAGCAACGAGCAGACUUCUAAAACACAAAAUAUCGCAGAUGCCAAUAAAAUCAAAUUAGAUAAAGAAUCAAUAAGCUCUGAAAUAUCCAAUUUGCAAAAGGAUCAAACUACUGUGGCCAGCAACGAGCAGACUUCUAAAACAGGAAAUAUCGCAGAUGCCAAUAAAAUCAAAUUGGAUAAUGAAUCAAUAAGCUCUGAAUCGAAGCCCAAAGCGAAUGGGCUAUUAAAUUUGGGUGCCAUUGAAACUAUUCCAACUUCAGUUUUAGCACGAGAAGCAACCUCUAGAGUUCAGGCUGAAACAAAGAAAAGUCCAGCAAAAGCAUUUGUUUCUAUGCCUCCUGUUACGCCAAUUAUUGUAAGCGAACCGAAAAUCCCCACAAAUAAUACGACUAAACCUGAUGUGGAACCUGUAUUAAUUCCACCCUUUGAAUUUAAGCGCCUCACCAGCCAAUCUAAUGGGGGACUCGAUAUUUUCAUUGUGGAUAAUGCGAACGUUUCACGAGGCAUCUUUGGCAGUUUCGACAGCAAUAAUGCACGCGACUUCUCCGAUCUGCAUUCUCGCUUGUCCGAAUUCAAGGACUCACAGCCCUACAGACCGAUGAUAAGGGAAUACGUUAUUGCAAAAUUUGAAGAUGUUUGGUAUCGUGCCCGAGUGAUCAGAAUAAUACAAAAUCAGCUAGAUUGUACAUACAACGUAAUGUUUCUGGACUUUACCAAUGUGGCCUUUGUCACCGAGCAGGACAUUCGCCGUUAUCCAGCUGACUUGACAGUGCCCUGCUUUACCAGCGUUUGCCUGAUUGAAGACAUGCCACAUCGACCGACUACGGACCAGAUCAACUUUUUGGAAAAAAAACUGCAAAUGAACAGCCUUUUGCACAUUGAUAGUGUUAACUAUAGACCACAUACCGAUAUCGCCUUGAUUAAGUGCGAUAGCUUGAUAGAAGGACUUGCUAAAAUGAUGUGAUACAGUUCCCUUUUCACUUGAGGUUUUAAUGUCUUUUUGAUUUGAAACAGUUAACAUUUAUUGUGACUAAUGUAAUUGCACCUCCAACUAAUUAUGACAAUAUGCAAUUUCGAUUUUGUACAAGUUUUUAUACAAAUGUUGUAGAUAAUAUUUGCUAAUAAAUUCGGAUUCUAAUAGGUAUCAAUCAUAA